CGUGUGGGGUUACACAUUUUAUUUAAAAAAUGUUAAUUAAAUAGAUAACGAAGAUGUUACAUCUUGAGCUUUUCCUUAUUUAUUAAUUGUAAUUAUUUAAUACUCACAACCGCCAGUAAUUUUUUUAGAAAUGGUGCUGAUAUGAAAAUAAUAAAUUGUGAAAUUGGCAUAACAUUGUUUUUGCACGGUAUUAUUUUUAUAAAAGUUAUGUAAUAUACGCGAUUGUGUUUAAAGUGAUAAAAUAAUAAUAACAAUAUGAGGACGGUAGCGUUGAUAAGUGGCGGUAAGGACAGCUGCUACAAUAUGAUGCAGUGCGUCGGCGCCGGCCACACUAUAGUGGCUCUGGCCAAUCUCCAACCAUCAAAUAAAGACGAGAUCGACAGUUACAUGUAUCAAACAGUUGGGCACCAAGGCAUUGAGCUGUAUGCAGAGGCGAUGGGCCUUCCUCUUUACAGGGAGAUAAUAUCGGGAGAAGCGGUCGAUCAGGGCCGGGACUAUAAGCCGACGAGCAAUGAUGAAGUAGAGGAUUUAUACAGACUUUUGUCUCGAGUUAAAAAUGAUUUAGAUGUAGAAGCAGUUUCAUGUGGGGCCAUAUUGUCAGAUUACCAAAGAGUAAGAGUGGAAAAUGUAUGUCAAAGGCUGGGUCUUUUAUCACUUGCAUAUUUGUGGAGAAGGAACCAAAAAGAUUUACUGCAAGAGAUGAUUGCUAGUGAAGUUGAUGCAAUCAUCAUAAAGGUUGCAGCACUUGGUUUAGAUCCAAAAGUUCAUUUAGGAAUGAAAUUAAAAGACAUACAGCCACAUCUUCUAGUCAUGAAUAAGAAAUAUGGUCUGAAUGUUUGUGGGGAAGGUGGAGAAUAUGAGACUUUUACUCUUGAUUGUCCCCUGUUCCAGAAGAAAUUAGUUAUUGAUGAGAAGCAAAUGAUUUUACACACAGACGACCCAGUCGCGCCAGUUGGCUACCUAAACUUGAAACUGCAUGUUGAACCCAAAGAAAACUUUGAUGGUACAAUCAAACUACCUCCAACUGUGAAAAGUUCUUUAGAUUUUAUAAAAGAUUUAAAUGAUACAGUUUUUAGUGACAUAAGUGAUUUAGAGCAUAGUGAAUCUGAGCUAGAUUCAAUUGAGAAAAUAGAAAAGGAGGAGAAAUUGAAACAGAAGGAUUUAAAUCCUCUGCUGUCAGCAGGGAAGAAAGAGACAGAUAUAACCUCCGAGCUCAAUAUGAUGGAUAGCCACGACGAGGAUGAGGGGGAGGACAACUUUUUUUACGAUGAGAUUAGUGAUUUGAGCUCGAUGGCGCCGGUGCUAGAUCAUAGGUCAAUCUACAGCAACGAUCAUGGAUGGUAUUUCAUCGGAGGCAUCAUCGGCGAAGGAGUGGACACAGCGUUGGCGACGGAGAAUGCUUUAAAUAAACUUAUUAAUUUACUAGAGUCGGAAGGGCUGGUGCUACAGGAUGUUUGUUCGGUCAACAUUUACAUGAGGGACAUGGGAGAGUACACACAGCUCAAUAAUGUAUACGUGAAGACAUUUUCCUUCUCUAAUCCCCCGACUCGAGUGUGUGUACAAUGUCCUUUACCAAACGAUGUUGGACUCAUAUUGGAUGCUGUGGCGUAUAAACUAGACAGCAACGAGAUACAAGAUUGUGAUAACUGUAACACUAAGGAGCGUGUCACGAUGCAUGUACAGGGGAUCUCGCACUGGGCUCCCGCCAACAUAGGACCUUAUAGUCAAGCUAUCAAGGUUGGCGAGGUAGUGGGCACGUGCGGGCAGAUCGCGCUGGUGCCGGGCUCCAUGCGGCUGGCGGAGGGCGGCACGCGGCGCCAGUGCGCGCUCGCGCUGCGCCACCUCACGCGCGUCCUGCGAGCGGUGCACCCGCGCGCACACAUACGCAGCGUCGUGCAGAGCGUAUGCUACGUGACGCGUCGCGGCGGUGCGCGGGAGGCGCGACGGGCGCUAGAGCGGCGCACGGCGGGCGCGAUGGUCCAAGUUGUGUUAAUACCGGCGCUGCCUCGCGCCGCCGCGCUAGAGUGGCACGCCUGGGCGCACACUGACAACGACCGGUUUGACUAUGAGGAAACCGGUUGCAGCGUGGGCGAGUACAAAGUGGCUAUAACGCGGCGGUGGAACUACGACAACACCGUCGCCGCCAUCGUCUGUAAUGUCUCCACAGGUUCAUCUCCAUCGUCGUGGAGCGCGGGCUUCGCGGACGCGGAGGCGCGGCGGCGUCACGCGGCGCUGGUGGGCGCGAUGACGGCGGAGCAGCUGCGCGCAGUGCUGACGUACGCGCUCGCCAAGCUGCGGAGCGACCGCAGCCCGCCGCCCGCCGUGUGCUUGCGGGUCUUCUACCAGGCGGGCUGCGUGCGCGCACGCUGGGACGAGGUGCAGCUGGGCGAGGCGGGCGCGCGCGUGUCGCUCACUGCGGUGCCGGUGCUGGCGCUGCACAACGCGUACACCUUUCUGAGCAUCGGCGGGCUGCGGCUAGACGAGUGAUACCGGCUUCAGCGAGUAAACUGUGGGUACACAUGCUUUGUUGCCGUUUCAAUAUUUGCUGAAUAUUUUAAAUGUUUAUAUAAAUUUUGUUAAUUAUGCUGAGUUUACAUAUUAUAUUAAG